UGCACACCUACUUGAGACUUUUUAUGGGACUGUUUUAACAACUGAUCUCCAUCCUUUGUGUGUCUGAGUGUGAAUGAACGAAUCCAUCCUCGCCGUCUCACGCUCAGGAUUGUGUAAUAGACAGGAUGACUUCUCAACAGCCCAGGCCCUUCGUCAUGUCACACCACUCCAGCCAGUGGAGCUCUGAAAUCUGUGACUGCUGUCAGGAUGUACCGGAGUGUUGCUUUGCGUUUUGGUGCUUCCCCUGUUUUGCCUGUUCGACGGCUCGUAAGCAUGGCGAGUGUCUGUGUCUGCCUCUGCUCGACGGAUUUGGAUGCAUUCCACCAAUAACAAUGGCCAUGAGAGUAUCAGUGCGCAAUCGCUAUGGAAUCCAGGGUACUAUCUGUAAUGAUUGUGCUUAUUCCACCUUCUGUGGCAUCUGCGUCUGGUGUCAGAUGUCCCGAGAAAUGAAUGCCCGUGAAAACAACAUCACUCUUGUCCACACUCGAGGAUAAUAAAGGCAACUGGGCGACCAACAACUUCCUUGCUCUUCCACAGUAUACUGCAAUAAUAACAAAGUGUUUCACCUAAGAGGACCCUCAAUUAGAGACCCUCAGUGACAUUAAAUCUGUACCAUUGUAUUUGUUCCAUUUAAUAAAAACAGUUUGAAGUUUU